GGCCGAAUUCGCAUCGACCAGGCAUACAAUCUGAUUUUCAAUGAGGUAUAUCUUUUAGACGCCCCGGAGAGCUCAGCCACUCUCUUCGCUUGUGUUCAUGGUGACGCGCGCGCUACGGACCCGAAGCAUUCCCAAUGGGCUGGUAUUAUUGAGUUGAUAGUCUCCGCUCGCUCCUAUUCUUUGCUGUUGACAACCUCUCUGGCUCAGCUGGUAACUCUCCUAUUACCUCUCCUGUUGACUAUGAUUACCGUAGGUCUGCUGAUUCUCCUGCUUGCAAAGGAGCAGAGCAAGCAGGCAAUAGCAGCAGCUAACGGCUACCUCCGGCCGCACAACUUAUGA